CAUCCUCCACCUGAGCGCCCGGCGCGCGCUGUGGGUGGUGGCGGGGUUAGGCCUAAGGCGGGCGGCCUCAGCGGAGCGGUCUGGACUGGGGCUCUCCUCGCCGGCAGCCGCCUCCUCGGGGAGCCAGCUCCCUUCAGAGGCUUCGGGGGGCUGUGGAGGUUGCUGUUCGCGGCCCUUGGCCAUUGGUGCGGCUCUGCCCGCGGGAGCCUGGCUCGUCCCUUCCCUCAGCGCGUCGGCGCGGUCUUGGCGGCUUGUCCCGGGGGCGUCGGGGUCACGGCCGGCGGGCUUCCCUCUCCCGUGCCCUGCGGCGCGGCUCCGGAGUUAGCCUGUGGGCCGCAACGCCAGUGGUUGCUUUUCGUGCAGGAUUCGUCAUGAUCACUCCAGCUUUUGAGCUGACCCAGGAUCCGGAUUUUCUUACAAUAGUAAUCAAAGUACCUUAUGCCAGAGCUUCAGAGUUCGAUGUGUAUUUUGAAGGGGAAGAUUUUAAAUUUUAUGCUAAGCCAUACUUUCUCAGACUAACACUUCCUGGAAGAAUUAUAGAAGAUGGCAGAGAAAAGGCAUCUUAUAAUACGGACAAAGGAACUUUUACAAUUCGGUUACCUAAGGAGAUUCCUGGCCAAUAUUUUGAGGGACUGGACAUGCUGACAUCUCUUUUAGCACCAAAGAAAUCAAGAUCAGGAAAACCUUUAGUAGAAGAGAUAGAUACAGCUGCUUCUGCUGGGUUGUCUGAGGAGGAAGAAGAAGAAUUUGACUGGGAAAUAGAGCAGACCCCUUAUGAAGAAAGUGCAGAAAGCAUGCUACCACUACAGUACUGUUACGGCUUUGGGAAUUUGCGGUCAGGAGUGUUCCAGCGGCUGCAGGAUGAACUCAGUGAUGUUAUUGACAUUAAGGCUCCAGACCAGACUCCUGUAGAUGAACGUAGGAGGAAACGCCUGGCAGCUGAGGCUGCCAAGUUUGACCCUGAUCAUUACCUAGCUGAUUUUUUUGAAGAUGAAGCUAUUCAGCAUGUCUUAAUGUACAAACCAUGGUGGGUUGAUGUUCAUAAAAAAAUGACAGCCUUUAAGGGAGAAAGUCAUCAGGAACACGACAGUCAUACAUUUGUUGUCUUCUCUGAGGAAGAGAAAGAGCAGCUGAGAAAGCUCACAAAUAAAUCUUAUCUUCUGGAUAAAAGAAGCCGUCAUCAUGUAUAUCUUGGUUUAAUUGAUAUCCUUCUGGCAUACUGCUAUGAAAUCUGUGUCAAUGAAGGAGACAAGAAUGUUGAAUCAGCCUGGAACAUCAGGAAACUGAGUGCAACAUUGUGCUGGCUGGAGAGUUUCACUAGCAUUCAUGACGUCGUGGUAUCUUUUGGAAGAAGAGUGUUAUGCUAUCCCUUACACAGACAUUUUGGAUUAGUGACACGUGCCUUCAAUGAUACAGUCAUGAUAUUGCAACUAGGAAAAGCUGCAGUUCUGAAGUGUCUGCUGGAUAUUCACAAGAUUUUUAGGGAGAAUGACCCUGCCUACAUCCUUAAUGAUCUCUUCAUUACAGACUAUUGCAUCUGGAUUCAAAAAACCAAGUCAAAAAAGUUGGCUGCACUCUCUGAAUCCUUGCAGAAGACCACACUCACUAAGUCCCACAUAGGAUUUGAACUGGAAGAGCUGGAAGCAGCAGCAGUGCUGGUAGAAGAGGAAGAGCGCAUGUUAAAAGCUGCUGGCACAGUUUCCAAGCAACAGCUGCCGUCCUCUGAGUCGGAGACAAGUGAGUCUGAAGAAUCAAGCAGUACUUCAUCAUCUGAGACAGAAGGCUCUGAUUCAGAUGAGCGGGAGUCCUCAACCAGUGAAGAUGGGAAAAUAAAUUCUUUACAAGGCACACUUCAAGAGGAGAGGACAGCUCCACUUAUUGACUGUAAUGGAUUAAGGCAGGGCACAAACACUUCGACGUUUGAGGUUAGUGAUGAAAAACCAAAGGUUUCUUUGCAAUCUACAUCUGUUCCUGGAAAAUUGAUAGAAGAAUUAGAAAAGCAAAUGCACACUGCAAUUAGACUUUCAGAACAGCCUGAAGGAUUGGCUGCUGCAAGCUGCAUUUUGCAGGAACAAGAAGAAAACCGUGUAUCUGAACCCGAUGGAUUUUCAAAAGAUACUACUGGGAAGGGAAAUUUCUUGGAGGUGUCUUCAAAGGCAAACCCAUUGCUUUUAUUUUGCAGCACAAAUGAAGAUGAAGACUAAAGGACUGUGUUAGAACAUGGCAUGACCCACUAGCAACGCAGCUCACUGCUAUAAUGAGCUGUUCCCAAGGCUAUCCUGAGCUGCAGGAAGAAGUUGAUAUUUUUCUUCUUUGUUGUGUUGACAGUUUGGAGGACAAGACUGCUUUGAAAAGAAUUGAUAGGACUGUAUGAUAGAUACCAUCAUAGUUAGAUUUUUAUUUUUCUUCUCUGAUUCAGCAGUGUCUCGGAUUUGAUCUGUACAUGUGGGAAUAUAUAAUUUCAGUAAACUUCUAGAAACAUUUUUCGUUAAGCUUACUUGGUAGUAGAAUGAUGUGCUAAUCCAAUACAACUGAAAUGAGUUGUAGCAUCAUUCUAGUUAUCUCUAGCUGUCAGGAUUUACUUGAAAAAUAGCAUCAUUAUGUUUGUAUAAACUUGUUUAUGAGAAUUUGCUGCAUUUUUCUUAAAUUUUAAAAUGCUUUAUAGCUAACCAUUUCAAAAAUAAUGGUUAUAAUUUUAAAAGUCUAAAUAGUGCUGACAAAUUAUUUUAAAAUACAGAAAUAUUUUCUAUUUUUUGUACAAAAUAAAGGAAAUUUCUUUAUCAUCAGUUCAAGAUAGAAGGGUUAUAGCUUAUAUUUCUGCAAGAUAGAAGGUUUAUAGCUUUCUGCAGUUCUUAUGUAAGUUAUUUCAACAGCUUUGCCAUGUAUUUAUUCUGUUGUGCUGUUUUUGAAAUGUUUUCACAUGUGGACACUGCUGUUGCUCUUUAAAAGACAGAAAUCCUUAUUAUUUCUUAUUUUGUUAUGCUCUUAAUAUGACCACAGUAAUGUUAACCAAAAUGAAGAAACAACAUGGUACGGUGGUCUUGAGUAUAGGACUGAAAGCAAACCUGCGCUGUCUGGACCUGGCUUUGUUAUUAGUCGUCACAUUGCUUUGGCCAACUCAUUUGCUCCUUUUUGUUUUUAUAACACUAAAAUAAUCCAAGCAGUCAAUAUAUUUUGUGCUAAUUUCUGUUAAUUGUAGGUAGGUUCUUGAAAUCAGGUGGCUACUGCAAAUUAAAUGCUGCUAUUCAGUCUCUGCAAAAGGAAUUGGGGAUAUGGACCACCAGGUUUGGUUCAGCAGGCUGGCAAAACAGGAGUGCUUGAUUCAUGCCUCUGGAGGAGCAAGCCAUGAUUACUUUUCCACCUUUCUACUAUUAAAAAGUGUACAAAAAUCCUAAGCUUAAAGACUUAUUCUUCACCAAUGCUACACCCUGCUGGAAAUCAGCAGGCUAGCUCUGUUCCUGUGCUGACUCCUCUUCAGUAAGAGCUGCAACCCUGAUCUGCCAAUAUUUUUUAUGUUCUUAAAUACCUACCGGUCGCUUAAUCAGUCUCUGUGUUCGGUUCCCCAGGGGAGGAACCUUUCCCAUCUUGCAUGUCAGUGAGCACUUACUCUUCUAAAUGCUGGCAAUAAAAUCUACACUGUAGCUGCAAUUAUGCAGCAUAUGUCUGAGAGAGGGGAAAAAAUGCACUUUAAAAAAAAAAAAGUAACCCUCCUCCCACUCUCUCCAAAUUACAGGUAUGAACUCUGAAACUUCCUUCAGCUGAACAUGGGCUGGAGAAAGCUAAAUUAGUGUGAGUUAGAACAUACACAUUGUGAAAAUUUGAUAGGUAUUUGUAAUGUCCUAUGUCUUCAGCUGUCUGUCCUUUUUUUUUUUUUUUUUUUUUUUUCCCCUCCCUUCUCCCAUUUUUGGGCAGCCUGUUGAGGACAAUGUUCCUCUUUUUCCAAGAGACCUGCUUACUUUCAGGGUCUGGCUGCCUCUUCUGGAGUGAGGAUAAAAUCUUUGGUUAAUCUUUUUGUUCUUUCUUCCACAUACCUAAAAGCAUAAUUUAUUUAUGCCUUUUGUGAGCCUUUUCCAUCAUAUCUGUUGAAUCCAGUUUGUGUGGAAAUAUCUAUAGUAUCCAUAGAAAGUGAUGCCAUGGUAAAUGCCAGAUGAGAACAUGGCAUGCACACAGAUGUUAACUCCCAGAUAACUUAGAUGUCAUUGAUGUCCUCACCUUAGAGACCCUGCAUAGUUGAGCUCUGUUUCUGUCUUUGAAAACAUACUGGUGCCGGUUCACUUCGUGCAGGUCUGCGCCACGCUGUCUGUCCUUCUGCUUCUGCCCUGCUCUUCCUCUGCACAUCUGCACCUGGGGAGCGCGGUGCGCUGUGCUGUACCCUGAGACCUGUUCCCAGGUUUCUUCCCCUUCUUGUCCAGUGUUGAUGUUCACCAUUGCCUUUUUGCAAAACUCUGUUGAGUGGUUGUGGAGCUGAUAAUGAAUGUUGAUAUAUAUAGUGAUUGAUAGCAAUUUUAUGUGACCUUUGUAGUGGUGGGAAGUUUUUUGAAGUUUUUCCAUAUUGGGUGAUAAGAAUUUCACAUGUGAGUGCAUUAUCCAUCACACCCACAGUGCUCAGGAUGAGCAACGUCUGUACGAAAGAGAAGCCUUGCUUCUCUAAAAAUAACAUGCAAAAACGUUCUUAAAAGAAAAGUGAAGCUCUGUAACCUUGUUUAGCCAAAACUGGGGCUUGCUGAAUCCAUGAACCACAAACACUUGGGAAACACAAAAAAAAGCCGGCCCCUC